GGAGGCGAAGGAGGAGGAGCAGGAGGAGGCGCGGGAUAAAGGAGCGCUCGCUGCUCCCUCUCGCUCUCCGGCGGGGCUGAGGGAGGCAUCAUGGCCGCGAAGUCGGACGGGCGGCGGAAGAUGAAGAAGGGCGGCGAGGUGGCGUUCACGCCGCUGCAGAACUCCGAGCACUCGGGCUCCGUGCAGGCGCUGGCCCCGGGGCUGCCCACCGGCUCCGGGCCGGGCGGCGGCAGCGACGACGACGAGGCGCCCGGGGGCGGGUGCUGCAGCAGCGGCGGCAGCAGGGACGGCACGGGCGGCGGCUCCCGGUGCUGCUGCUGCUGCGGCGGCGGCAGAGGAGGAGACGGCGGAGGGGGCGGCGGCGGGGGCUCCCGGGGCUCGGGCGGGGGCUCGUCCUCCUUGUGCUUGCGGCUGGGCAGGGAGCAGCGGCGCUACUCGCUGUGGGACUGCCUCUGGAUCCUGGCCGCCCUGGCCGUGUACUUCGCGGACGUGGGCACCGACAUCUGGCUGGCUGUCGACUACUACCUGCGGGGCCAGCGCUGGUGGUUCGGGCUCACCCUAUUCUUCGUGCUGCUGGGCUCCCUCUCUGUGCAGGUCUUCAGCUUCCGCUGGUUCGCGCACGACUUCAGCACCGAAGACAGCGCCGCCGCCGCCGCCGCCGCCGGGCACUGCCCCGCCGCCGAGAGCAAGCUGCUGGUGAGCAGCGGCUCCGCGGCCGCGGACAUCGACGCCGCUCGCCCCAGCACGCCGCAGCGACAGGCGUCCACCGCCAGCAAGGGCAACGCCACCAACAGCAGCAGCAACAGCAGCAGCAACGCCGCCGGCAGCGGCGCCGCCGGUCCCCGCGCCAGCGGCGGCCGGUCCGCGUCCUGCGCCUUCUGCAUCUGGCUCCUGCAGUCGCUCGUCCACAUCCUGCAGCUGGGGCAGGUCUGGAGGUAUUUUCACACAAUGUACUUGGGUAUCCGGAGUCGACAGAGUGGAGAGAAUGACAGAUGGCGGUUUUAUUGGAAAAUGGUGUAUGAGUAUGCAGAUGUGAGUAUGCUGCAUUUGCUAGCCACGUUUCUGGAAAGUGCACCACAGCUGGUCCUGCAGCUCUGUAUUGUUGUACAGACUCGUACACUCCAGGCUCUCCAAGGUCUUACUGCUGCAGCAUCUCUCGUAUCCCUGGCCUGGGCUUUGGCUUCCUACCAAAAGGCCCUCCGUGACUCCCGUGAUGACAAGAAACCCAUCAGUUAUAUGGCUGUUAUAAUCCAGUUUUGCUGGCAUUUCUUCACAAUUGCAGCAAGGGUCAUUACUUUUGCUCUGUUUGCCUCAGUUUUCCAGCUGUACUUUGGAAUCUUCAUCGUGUUGCAUUGGUGCAUCAUGACCUUCUGGAUCGUUCACUGCGAGACAGAGUUUUGCAUCACUAAAUGGGAGGAGAUAGUUUUCGACAUGGUUGUUGGGAUAAUCUAUAUCUUCAGCUGGUUCAAUGUCAAGGAAGGAAGGACACGCUGUAGGCUUUUCAUUUACUAUUUUGUCAUCCUUUUAGAAAACACUGCCUUGAGUGUUCUCUGGUAUCUGUACAAAGCCCCUCAAAUCUCUGAUGCAUUUGCCAUACCAGCACUGUGUGUAGUGUUCAGCAGCUUUUUAACAGGCAUCGUUUUUAUGUUAAUGUACUAUGCCUUCUUUCACCCCAAUGGACCAAGGUUUGGGCAGUCACCAAGCUGUGCUUGUGAGGACCCUGCCACUGCCUUCACCCUACCCCCAGAAGUGGCCACAAGCACGCUAAGGUCCAUCUCCAACAACCGGAGUGUCACAAGCGAGCGGGAUCAAAAAUUUGCAGAGAGGGAUGGGUGUGUGCCUGUGUUUCAGGUGAGACCCACUGCACCAUCCACACCUUCAUCCCGGCCACCAAGGAUUGAGGAGUCUGUCAUUAAAAUUGAUCUGUUCAGGAACAGGUACCCAGCAUGGGAGAGACAUGUGUUGGACAGGAGCCUGAGGAAGGCAAUCUUGGCAUUUGAAUGUUCCCCUGCUCCUCCACGGCUACAGUAUAAAGAUGAUGCCCUUAUCCAGGAGCGCUUGGAAUAUGAAACCACAUUGUAAACAAAGCAAAAACACGGCUUGAAGAAGCUCCAGUGUUACAGUCCAAAUUAAGGGUUGACAGUAGGGCUGUAGGAAUAAAUAAACUGUGUACUACAAGUAGAGAAGCAAGCUAUAGUGUUCUUAGUCUGGCUAUCAUCAUGAUUAUCAUUUGAUCCACUGUGUGCAGUCUGUCUGCAGGACACUGAUACAGCAGCAUCAUCUGAAAGCCUAAAAAAACUUUGACCCACACAUACAGAUCAGUUACUUCAGCUGGGGAAACUCACCCACGACCCCUUGCUGCUAUGAAACUCUAACUGCACAGUACUUACAACCAAACAAGAGCUUUCAGCUUUAGCCAGUAGUGCAUUUUAUUUUAGAAAUUAAUGAUUGAUAUUUCCAUAAUCAAUGGCAAAAAUAAACAAAACCAUACCUUUUCAAAAAUAACAAAACUAGCACACAGUGUUGCUGUUAUGAAAACUGUUUUCUGGGGAAAAAAAUAGGAACAUAAUAGUUUUCAACACUCCCAUAAAUCAACCAUUAAGGUUAGGUUAGGUAUGCAAAAUAGUUCUUAAUUAAAAAAAUACAUUAUCAUGUUUGUAAGACUGUCAAAGGAAAGUAAACUAAAUUUUGAUUAAUUAGAUCAUAAAAAUUAAUACUACCAGAAUUGUUUGUUUUCUGUAGAAUUUCAAAGUCUUUUUAAAAUAAAAUUUAACUUCUUGAUGUUACUUUCAGCAGAAAUCCUAUGCAGCUCACUUCUGGUUUUCAGAAGAAAUAAGGAGCUCUAACAUGUAGUGAUAUACAUUAAAUGAUAAUCAUGAUUCAGUGUUCAAUUUGAAAAAAAAAAAAAGUGAAAGAACAGGGAAGUAUAGUUUUCACAUUCUAAACUUUUUGGAGGAUCCCAUUCAGACAUUUCAGAAGAAGCUACAAGGAGAUGAACACACUGAGACUUCUCUGUUUCAGGACUGAGAAUGCAUGAUUCAGUGUGUGAAUGUAUGCAGGGGUGACAAGAGACUGUGACAUGCCAUACCCUUCUAGUGCCAAACAUUGUAUAACUGCAAGGUUGAUAUUGCCUGAGGGACAGAUAACAAGUGGCACAAGCCCUACCAGAAAAAGAAGCAGGGAAGACCAAACAAGUUCUCAACAUGUAGAGACAGCUCUGAUUUUUCCCAACCUAAGGUGAAAGUGGUGUCUUUUAAAGGCUUUCAACCACCUGUUAGUAAGUAUAUUCACAGAAGUAUAAUAUAAGAAAGUUAUGUGGAAGAGUCUCUUCUGCCUGUUCAAGACUUUUGUCCAGAUGCGUCUAAAAAUUGCGUUGAAUCUCUUGUAAUAGAGUGCUUUGCUGCAAGGUUUUGGGUUUUAAAUACCUCCCUAAAUCUAGUCAAUGGUAUUAUCCUUCAUGUUAAAAGUUCCCCUGAUGGUGCUUUCAAAUGCAUUAAAGGUGCAAGUCAAAAUUUGAUAGUAUUUUUUUUAAAUCUGGUGCAGAGUGAAAAACUCAUGGAUUAUUUCGAUAUUUUUGUAAGCUAAAAAUAUGGUAUAAAAGGUUACUUUUUAUAAACCUCAAAUCUUUUAAUACAUUUCAUUCUCUUUAUAGCUUAGAUUUUAAUAAUUGGUCCAUGAAUUUUAUCAAAUGGCUUUUUCAGGUUGAUGUAAACCUGGUUUUCACACAUUAUGGAUUUGUUUUGCAGUGUAAUGCCAUAUGAAAGCCUACAUGGGUACUUUUAGAAUACCCUAUAAACUGUGGAUCCUGUUUCAAAUGUAAGUGGCUUGUAAAGACACCAAGUGAUUCCAUAAGAAAAAAUUUGCUAUAACUAUUUCCAUCCAUUUUAGGACAGAGAAGCAGAACUGAAGAGUUAUUGUUGUAAAUGGCAUUGUCAGAAUGGAGAAGACCUGAUGAUUGGUAUUGUAAUCUUCACUGUCAGAUAUAUCCAGUGUAGUCACUGCUGUAUAUGCUGCUGGAUUAAUUUCAGUCUUUCCUAUUAUGAAUAUUUGUACUAUGAAAUGGCCAAGGUUACACCGACUAUGUUUAUUUGUAUGUGUUCAAUUAGCCAUUUUUAAUGUUGACUUUUUUUAUUAGUGAAAUGUUCAAUACCUGUUGUUCUUUGCUGGGGCAAGUUCCUCAAAACAAAAAAAAAAUCUGUGAAAGUGCAGGAAUCUGCAAGGCAGAGGGAACUUUACACAGAUCAGAAAACACCCAUACUUCAAGGGUUUCUUAGGUAUUUUCAAAUUAAACAGUAGGCAACUGCCUCUAUAAUAAUUUUUUAAAUAAAAAAAUUUUUUGAUAGUCCAAACCUGAAGCUUUGUACAAAGUGAUUGCCCUUCUCUCCAUGAACAUAUAGCUGAUUAUUCAGAGAAAAGCACUCAUGUUUUGUCAAAAAAUAUACCAGUGCAAGAACUGCUAAAAAAAAGGUUUUUGAAGCAAGUCCUUUGUCCUGUUAAAUUCAGUAGAGCCUUCACUCCAGAAUCAAAUGCUAGCUCGCACAAGGAAAUUGCUGGUUUUCUUUACAAACAAGGCAAAUGGUAAGCUUUGUGAUCCAAGAUGUGUUUCUUUUGGAAACAGUUGAAUGUGUUUGCUGCUGCUUUAACAACUCAGAAAUUUAAGCCUGAAUGAGGCGCAGUGGGCAGCCUUUACAAGCUCUACCCACCCUCUGGUACCUCCUGGGGAGAGGGGCACAUCACAGCUGUCAGUGAGGCUUGUCCUGUGCUGCUGUCCCUCUCAUCCCCUUGCUCUUCCUCAGAGCUGUGAGCCCUUUGGUCAGGGCUUAAAGAAUUGAAGAACCGUUCCUUCCUACGAAAUUUAAAGUCUGCACCAGUGCUUGCUUUGCAAGGUUGCUGAAGAAGUUUUGGGGUGAGUUUGUUUGAUUUGCUCUUGUUUGGUUUUGGAAGGAAGGACACAGAGGUAUUAUUUAGCCAUGUGGGUUUUCAUGCCUAGCAUUUACUUUCUUUACUCUCUCAGCAUUUUCGAUUUUUUUAAAUAAUGUUUGUAAAAGUGUUUAUCUUAAGCAAACUACUACUGCAGGGUCUGAGUGCAGAGUAACAUACACACACACACAUAUAUAUAUAUAAAUAUAUAUAUAUAUGCACAGCACUAUAUAUAUGCAUCUUGUCCUAAGAAUUCAGUCUCGCUGUUUGAGGGAGGGAGAGAAAUCAAUAUACACUGAGUCAAAAUUUGCUCUCCAAAAUCUUACUCUGUUACAUUCAUAAUAUCAGUGAUACUUGCACUGAGAACAGGGUGGCCAUUGAAAUCUUAACACUCAGAUGACUACGUGGACAGUUUCAUGAUUCGCAUUGCUGUGAAUAGUUACAUUAAAAGCUGUAAGAACUUUUUAUAGAAAUUGCCAAGAUUAAACAUCAUCCACGUUGAAAUUCCACGAUGGCCUUAAGGAGAGCUAACAAUCAAUAUGCACUAUUCUUUUUACCACAGACAGUUUUAAAAUCAAUAACAUUCAAUUAAGACAGCAAUAGCAAAAAAAAAAAAAA